CUCUUUCCUUCCCUAUAGGUGUAGAGAAUAUCCGGUGGUUGCUGCUGUUCCACCUCUGGUCUGGCUGCCAUGUAUCCUGGGCAAACUACUGGUAAAGGACCCUCUACUCCCACGCAGAUUUACCAGCAACCUCCGAGGCUUCUCAUUGUGCACAUUGCUCUACCAUCCUGGGCUGACAUCUGUUCAAACCUCUGUGAGGCUCUGCAGAACUUUUUCUCUCUAGCCUGUAGCUUGAUGGGCCCCAGCCGCAUGUCCCUCUUCAGCUUAUACAUGGUACAAAAUCAGCAUGAGUGCCUCCUCCCCUUUGUGCAAGUGAAAGGGAACUUUGCUAGGCUGCGGGCCUGCAUCUCAGAACUCCGCAUGUUGCAGAGAGAAGGUUGUUUCAGACCACAAGGCACUUCUUUGCAGCUGGCGGUAGAGGAUGGACUCCAGCAGUUCAAACAGUACAACAGACAUGUGACUACAGGCGCAGCUCUCACCUGCACUUCCCUGGAGAUCACUGUUCUGACUUCCCAGCCUGGAAAAGAGGUGGUCAAACAAUUGGAGGAAGGAUUGAAAGAUACAGACCUCAUCAGGGUCAGGAGGCUUCAGGUAGUUGAGAUCACAAAGGGAGUCCUCGAGGGUAUGGACUCAGCAUCCCCUGGUGAAGAGUCCAGCAACGAUGAGAGUUCUAUCCUGGGAACUGACAUUGACCUUCAGACUAUAGACAAUGAUAUUGUCAGCAUGGAGAUUUUCUUCAAAGCCUGGCUACAUAAUAGUGGAACAGACCAAGAAUAUAUCCAUCUUCUUCUUCCUUCACGGGCUUUCAGCAACAUUUCCAGAGCCAGAGAUAAUCCAAUGUGCCUGAAAUGUGAUCUCCAAGAGCGACUUCUCAGCCCGUCCCUGCUCCCUGGCACAGCUGAUGGCUCCUUGAGAAUGGAUGACCCCAAAGGAGACUUCAGCACACUCUACCAAAUGGCUUCUCAGUCAUCAGCCUCUCGUUACAAACUCCGGGUGAUCAAGGCUCUAAAAUCCAGUGGGGUCUGCGAGUCACUGACGUAUGGACUCCCAUUCAUCCUCAGACCCACAAGCUGUUGGCAGCUGGACUGGGAUGAGCUGGAGACAAAUCAGCAUCAUUUCCAUGCUUUGUGUCACAGCCUGCUGAAAAGAGAAUGGCUGCUGUUAGCCAAAGGGGAGCCCCUGAGCGGAGGACACAGCCUGAGAGAGCCCACCAGCACCUUCUAUGUGAUCCUGCCAUCACGCUCCCCGACCCUGCUGGUGAAGGCAGUGGCCACUCGGGAACUGAUGCUGCCCAGUCCCUUCCCCCUGCUGCCUGAGGACCCGCCUGAGGACAGCCUGAAGAUUGUGGAGAGCACACUGGACUGCCUGGAGCUGGAGCCCACUUACAACCCCUUGCAGGUUUGUAGCCACCUGUACUCAUACCUGAGCAGCACCUCUGCCAAGCCUCAAGGCCAACUCCACUCGAGCUGGGAGAGCCGGGCCCUGAGAAAGGGUGGGCAGUUGCAGACGAACCGAAUUCGAGCCACAGUGGCCCCCCUGCCUAUGACUCCAGCCCCCAGCAGAGCCCUCAAGAUGCCAGCAGCCUGCAAAGCUCCCUCAGAAGGCUUCUUCCAGCCUUUCAUGGAAGAGGAAGCGGAGGAGGAGUAUCCCUCAGCGCCCUAAGUCACCAGAGCCCGAGCCUGGCCCUACUCCACCAUGCUAAGGCUUCACACAAUGGCUUUCUGUGGGCAGACUCUUGCCUUCUAGCCAGCUGAGCCUCUGUGAGCUCUGGGUGACUGGGAAACAGGGCCUUCCCCUCCUCUGGGCUCAGUGAUACCACCACCCCAAUCCUCAGGCCCGGAAGAGACACUCCUAAACCUCUUCCUUCUCCAAGCAAGGACUCUCGUUUUCUUUUGGAUCAUUUGAUACUGUUAACACAGAUGAAAAUUAAACACCCAGUAAGCCUCCAUCAUUGUUAGGAGCAUUCCUACCCCCGAAUUUCUCCUGGUGGCUCUGUGUAGGCAGCUGGAUGAGGCAAGGUCACCUUCAG